UCUAACACUUGCGAACUCUCUUCAGUUAAGCUGUCAUUCGCUUAAUUCAUUCCAUUUCAUUUCUCCUUCAGAUCCAGAAACCCGCAUUCUCCUGUAAGCUAAACCACUUGUCGAGUUUUCCUUUCUGGGCUGGGAAGACAGUGGAGGGUCAAAAAUGGAGAAAUGGAUUCGGUGCUUCAUGAUAGUUGCGGCACUGCUGGUGGCGAAUUGGGGUUUGUUAACAAAUGGAGAUGACUCAGAGAAGACGGUAGUGAAAAUGGUAAGGGGGAAGAAGGUGUGUACAAGAGGAUGGGAGUGUGCGAGUUGGUCAGAGUAUUGUUGCAAUCAGACAAUUUCAGAUUUCUUCCAGACUUACCAGUUCGAGAAUCUGUUUUCGAAAAGAAAUGCACCUGUGGCUCACGCCAUUGGGUUUUGGGAUUACCAAUCUUUCAUCACUGCUUCUGCCCUUUUCCAGCCCCUUGGCUUUUGUACUACUGGCGGCAAGCUUAUGCAGAUGAAGGAACUAGCUGCCUUUUUUAGCCAUGUUGGCAGCAAAACCUCUUGUGGUUAUGGAGUGGCAACUGGAGGACCAUUAGCUUAUGGUCUUUGCUACAACAGGGAAAUGAGCCCUAGCCAGUCAUAUUGUGAUGAUUUUUAUAAAUUCACCUAUCCUUGCACUCCUGGUGCUGAAUACUACGGUCGAGGUGCCUUGCCAAUCUACUGGAACUACAACUAUGGAGCUACUGGAGAAGCUUUAAAGGUGAAUCUGUUGGACCACCCUGAGUACAUAGAGCAAAAUGCUACCCUUGCCUUCCAGGCUGCAAUUUGGAGGUGGAUGACCCCAAUGAAGAAAUCCCAGCCCUCAGCUCAUGAUGUCUUUGUUGGCAACUGGAAGCCCACAAAGAAUGAUACUUUGUCGAAGCGAAUUCCUGGUUUUGGUACCACAAUGAAUAUUCUUUAUGGGGAUCUUGUCUGUGGCCAGGGUGAUAUCGAUGGAAUGAACAACAUUGUCUCGCAUUAUCUGUAUUACCUUGACUUGAUGGGUGUAGGCCGAGAAGAGGCAGGGCCCCAUGAAUAUCUCACUUGUGCUGAGCAGAAGGCAUUUAAUCCAUCUUUUUUAGAUCCUGCUUCAUCUUCUUGAGCUUUUUGCGUACUGCCUUAGACAGCCUUCAAAUUAUCAUUCUGGUGCUUUUAAAUCAAUUCUCGCAGAAAAUUGCAAGAUCGUUUUCAGCUUUAUAUACAUAUAUGUUUGUGAAUGUCAAAUUACUUGGCUGUAGUAUACAAUAAAGGAUUGAUUGCAUGUGUUUGUAGAUUUUCAGUUCCAUCAAAUUUAAAGCCUCUGUUGUAAACUGUAUUCAUCAUGUACUGAAUGUACCAUUUAUUGUUUUGUGUUCCAUUGUUGCAGACAUACCUCAAGUUAUAAGGAUUUACUGUGCUGCGAAAA